ACCAGCAGGUCUCCUCAGUUUCCUUCGCUCGCCGCCACCUUGCCUUGUAAGUCGCUGGAUCAACAAACAUCACAACAGAGAGACUGAACGGACUAGGCGCACCUUUUUAUCCCAAAGGAUGAUCAGCUGGUGACAAAAGUACACAAUUGGAUCUCUUCCGUCGGAAAAUGGCGAAGAAACUGAUCAAGUUUGUCAUCCUUUUCGACAACACCAAUCUUCUCUACUUCCCUGGUCAGUUUCUGAGCGGCAGGGUUUUGGUUGAGCUCGAAGAGGACACGCCUGCCCUUGGCCUACAUUUCCACGUAGUGGGCGAAGGCGUGGUUCGCGUGCAGAGCGGUCGCCACGAACGCCUCUAUGACAAAGAGAAUUACAUCGAUUUCCGGAUGCGACUGCUCGGCGAGCCUGGUCAGGGACCUUCAGUUCUGUCUCCAGGGAUCCACAGCUUCCCUUUUAAGUUGGGCCUUCCACUGGGACUUCCGUCCACCUUCCUCGGCAAACAUGGCUGGAUCCAAUAUUACUGCAAAGCGGCCCUGCGGGAGCCCAAUGGCCUCACUCACAAGAACCAGCAGGUCUUCAUCGUCAUGAACCCCAUCGACUUGAAUCUCGAGCCGCCCAUAUUAGCUCAACCUUUUCGGUGUGAAAUUGAACACCGUCUGGGCAUCACAUGCUUCUCGUCAGGCCCCGUGUUGUGCCGCGUGGCGCUUGACCGCGGUGGUUACGUGCCCGGCGAAACAAUCGGCAUUUCGGCCCUCGUCCACAACCGCAGCAAAGUGACCAUCAAGUUCACUAAAGCCUCCCUCACCGAGACCAUACAAUACCUGGCCAGGAGCAAAGUGGUGCAGGCCGAAACUAGGGAGCUGGCCUCCCUGUCCAGAGGCAAAAUCAAGCCUGGCGAAAAGGAUGAGUGGCUGAAUGAGCAGCUUUACGUACCGCCACUGCCUCCUACGAACCUAAGGGGCUGCAACCUCAUCAGGAUCCAAUAUGACGUCUAUUUCAUAAUAGACCCUAAGAGUUUGGAGAAAGAAAUCAAGUUGCAGUUGCCAAUCAUGAUGGCCACAUACCCGCUGCGCUCAGGCUCUGGUGAGGGCACUUUGGCACGCAAGCAGGGCGCCCACUACCCAUCAACGCUGCCCAUUUUCCGGCCGUGGCUGGACGAAAAAACGUUUGAUUGAUGAUCCGCGUGGCGAAAAGAGACUCGAAUUUUGAUGAUGCCAUUACCACACACUCACUCACUAGCUCACUACAUGUGGCCAUGCACUUUUUGCCUGCGCGCCCUGAAACAGAUUUUAGCUCUAAAUGAAGGCGCCCAUCAAGCAAAUCUUUCUUUUUUUACACGCAGUAAAAAUGAAACUCAUUAUUUCUGGAGCAGCAACAAGGUUUUACCUUGAUUUUCACAAGUUUUUGACGAAUUUGCGUUUUCACUACUUUGUUUAUUGGGAAAAACAUGCGGUUGGUGCGGCCCAAUUUAAAUGAAUUUACGAUUUUUUCACAGCCAAAAUUUUACAACCGAAUGCUUUGAAUGUCCUCACUAGACAACAUUAAAUGCAUUUGUCCUGAGUUAACAUGAGCUAAAAAGAGGAGUGAUGAGGUAGAAAAAAUUUAGUGUGUGCAAGCAAGCAACGCCAAAAGAUAAUGUAAAGUGAAAGCAAGUGUCUGUUUGAGUUUUGAACAAUAAUUAUUAACUUCUUGCUUCAAUUAAUAAGGACUAGUAUUUGAAAUGGAUACAGAACCUACGCUAGCAUGACUGAAUAAAAAAAAUUAUUUUUCGAUAGUUUUGUGCUAAAAAUGUUUGAUACAAAACUGGAAACCAGCUCAGCAGUGCUCAAGGUGGUGGUGAUAAACAAGGGUUACUAAAAAAUUGUAACCCUUUGCUGGGAAUAAUAAAUUGAUAAUUCAUACAACAUGUCUAUUUUUGGUACAAUUUAGGGGCUUGAGCUGUAACCAGUUUUGCUGUGGUAAUAUUAAAUUAUAUUCUGUUAAUAUGACAAAGAAUCUAAAUAAAAUUGACAAUAAUUGAA